AUGUCUGUAAUUUCCUUUUUAGUUCCUGGUGGCCCACCCUUGAGUUUAACAGCCAACAAUGCCAGCUCUACAAGCAUAUUUGUAGCUUGGAAUCCAAUUGAGGAAGAGCUGCAGCACGGAAUUAUACUCGGGUAUAGAAUCGCCUACAAAAAAGAAAAUGCUGCUAGGCGAAAACGGCGAAGUCUUUCGUUUACAGAUAAUGUUGUCCUUGUGGAAAAUAUCUUGGCUUGGACUCUGGAGGGGCUUGAAAAGUUUACGGACUAUUGCAUUCAGAUUGUGGGUUUUAAUAGCAAAGGAGACGGGAAUUCAAGCGACAUUGUCUGUGUUCGCACAGACGAGGACGGUAAGCACUAUAUUCCUUUGUUAUUGCAUCGUCUAGCAAUAGUGUAUUAGCCUAUUAGCAUAUACAUAAUAUAUGGUUUUUCAGUUUGGUUUUCGAAAACGCAGACUGAUUUAAAAUACGAUUUGUAACAUGAAUGUGUCCAAAAUUCCCUUACAAAAUCAUAUGCGGUUGCAUUGCAAUCUUGCAAUAUUUUUCUGUCCGCUGUGUGCAAUAUAAACCGAGAUUAGCGUCAAUUACCAGCUGUUGUUUGGGACUAAACUGAAGAGGGAGGCGAGAAUAACACUGAAAUAGUCUGUAGCGAGAUUUGUUUCACGUUAAUUAAAUUGAAAAAGUCGACGCACAAUUAACAUUGUAGUGAUCUUCAAGGCAGCAAUACAAACAUGAGAGGGGAGAUAAAAAGAAUGGGAAAAAACGAUCCAAAAUAAUGUAAUGCCAUCUGAACUUAAAACAAUAGGUUGAUGUUAAAAUUUGUAAUCUUUGAAGACUCUGGUUGCCUCGAUUGUGGCAAAGUUCGAACAAAUUCAAUGAAAGCGGUUGGAAAAAUUUUGAAAGAAACUUCUAAGGGUCAUAAACACAGUAAAUUCGAAUAAGUAUGCUAUCGAUAUAAUUUGCUAGUAUCUAAAGAAAAUGUUGAGGCCUUGAAAUGCAGUUUCAUCUCAUGGUGGUUUGUUACAUACAAAAUUGAUUUAAAAAAAGCAGGCGAACAUUAGCCAAUUAAAUUUUACUCUCUCGCAAUCCGCCAGAGCGACAACUCUCUUUUUUCGCACACACUUUCAAAUUUGGUGGGUAUUUAUACUGGGGGGAGGGAGAGGCUCCAUAGGUACAUGUAUUGUAAUCGUAAUUUGUUACACAUGUUAAAAAGAGAUGGAGAUUGAGUUGAUAAAUGUGUGUGAAAAAUUUUCUAUCUUCACUCUAUAGCAUGUUUGGUUUACUAUAUUUUAUGGUUACUACUUAGCCUGAACGCAUGAAACGCUUUAACUGUAGCAAAUAUAAAGAUGACAGGGUAAAUUUUUGAUUUUUAUCGAACCGUUCUCAUUAUUCUUAAGUUCCAAGUUUACCACCGAAUAUCACAGAAGGGUUCAACACUAGUUCAACAAGCAUCUUCUUAAACUGGACGCAAAUACCUCCCGGCUUCAUCCAUGGAUACUUGUUAGGUUACAGAAUGACUUUAUACCAAAUUACAAGUAGUGGUGUCUAUCAAGAAGCUGUUACGAUCGAUACUGGGCUUGCUGAGCUAUCAAAAGACAUUACCAGUCUAUCAGUAUACACUACUUACUGUAUUCGUCUGGCUGGACGAACUCGAAUUGGCCCAGGAAACUGGAGCGACUGUUUCAACGUAACGACUGAUGACGAAGGUAAGGAGCUAGUUACCGAAACAAAGAGGGUUUGUAUAGAUUUCGGCCCAAAGGUCAAUUUGGGAACCAUCUGGCCUUAAAGUAAAGCGAACCUCGAAUUCAAAAGUGGAAGCAUGAAAAUUAAUAAGUUCGCCGAAAUUCUAAAAGGGUCUUAUCAACACUCAAAAAAGAGUGUAUAAGAAUGACAAGAAGAGUAGUUAGUUGUCGAAAAUCUGGGUUUUUCCAGGAUAUCCAAGUGUUUAGCAUUGUUACGUUUUGUCAAAGUACGCAGCUAUUAUCCCCAGGAAUGUAUUUGACAUACGAUGAUCUUGUGUUCGCCUAAAGGAAGCCGUUUAAAAUUGUUAAUAGUAUUUGCGGGAAGGAAUCUCCUAACCUGUACUGUGCCAACUGUGAUGCCUCGGCAUUAAAUGGUUCAAAGAGAGUAUCUUUUUAAAAGGAAAUUAAGUCUCUCGAACGAUGGUAUGAGUACUGCACUGUGAUGGACAACGCAUUUAAUUUAAAUAACUUGCAUGAUAAAAAUUGAAAAGUCUCUCAAGUAUAGUCAGUCAUUUUUAUAUCCCGUUAUCUGCCUGUUUCUUGGGCGUAAUAGCAUUAGGCCUGUCUCACCAACUGAUGCCCUGUAUUACCAUUCUCUAGUUCUACCUUUGCCUCCAAUUGAUGUCAAAGCUGUCAGUUUUACAAGUACCAACACCAUGAACGUAACAUGGAGUCCACCUCCCCUUUUAUACGGUGAGAUAACUGGGUAUAAGAUCAUUUUUGAGUAUCAAUUGGAGGAUGGUACCUGGCAAACACGAGAAGUCAUGACUUGUUCAACGCAGACGACGCUAACUGGGCUGGACAUUAACACUGAGUACAGAAUUAAGGUCGCUGCUAGCACAAGGAAGGGCUUCAGUCCCUUUAGCGAAUUCGCCUAUGGAGGUAAUUUUUUUAACACAAAUAAAAAAAGCGUUACCUUUGAAUUCAUUUCUUCUGUCAGUUUUUCUUUGAUAUUUCCAAACAGGUCAUAAGUUCUUCCUGUUGAUCUUUUUAUCAAACUAAUAACAAUAGUAAAAUAAUGAAAAAAAAGGCACUCCCAUAAAUGAAAGGAAUGCUCGAUAUUUGGCACACUCCCUUUCGCUCCUAAGUUAGAGAAGAGGAAGACAAAAGGUGUUUGAAACCGUCACAAUAUCUAUCAUCCUUCACGGUGCAUUUUAGUUGUGUCUUAAAUGCGGUACACUAGGGUUGGAUUGUGCUGUACCCAUUUUAUAAGAAACGUAUAAAUCCUAAUAACUGCUACUUACCAUAUUUUUGUGUCUUCCAGAAACUUGUAGCUGCCCCGAAAACGUAACUGUCGUCGAAAAUCCAAGUUCCCUGGACGACGAUCACAUCUCGUUGUCUAAAAUAAUCGAGGAGCUAGUUGUUGACGUUUGUGGAACUUGUCACGCCUUUGGCCAAACAAAUUUAAUUAAGGUAUCGGAUUCAGAAGGAGAUGUGAAUAUAAAUUAUCCGGUUGUAAUAGCUAGCGGGAGCUUUUCAAGAGGCAAGUUCGUAGCUGUGAUUGAAGUGCCUGGUCUAGCUGUUGUUCAAAGAAAGUCUAUUCCAGGUGGCAUGGAGAAAGUGAUCGCAGUAUCAGUGUUCAGUUCGUGGCCAGUAUUUGCAAUUUCUGGAGUCAUGACCAUCUUGGCUGGUUUGGUGAUUUGGGUUUUGGUAAGAAUAACUUUACAACUUCUACUGACUCCUUAAAUUAAAUACAAAAUAAAACAAUUUUGUGUAUUACGUGAGUAUUAAAUGAAGCUAACGUGAGUUCUGUAUGUUUAUCAUCAAAAUAAAUUUGAUCAGGAAAUGAGAAAUGAAAAUGAAUUAAAAAGAAAUCGAAUUUAGAUGAAGUGCUCAUUCAACAAAUGGUGUAGCCAAAUGGUGUAGCCAAAAUAUGAUAAAGCUUGAGAAAUAAAAUAACAAGCUUCAACCGAUUUCGAUGAAGAAGGAGGGAGCUGAAAGAAGCAUUCAGAACUGAUUAGUGCAUCAGAUAUCUGGUCAAAGAAAUCCAUUAUUAAUCAGAAGGUUAUUGUUAGUACUGAACCAGUACCACUGUUUCAUAAGGACAGAAAGAACAGAUAUGUCUCGUCAUUGAUGAAAUACACGCCUAUCUUUACCACUAAAACGAAAAAAAUCUUGGGGUGCCUAACUCUGAACAAGUGGGCUUGCCCAGUAUCUCUAUCUUGUAAAUUGUUUUCUUUCAAUUACAUAUUGUGGCCUGCCAGGGCUAGCCUUUUGGUUAACUGUAGGCCAAGAAAUUGCAUAUCCAAAUAACAGCAAUAAAAUUUGGUGAUAUUGUCUAACAGUAAAAAUUUUUCUAUGAAGGAUGUAACCACCAAUCCAGAGGAAUUUCCUCCGAUAUUUUAUAAAGGUGCCGGAGAGGGGUUUUGGUGGGCAUUUAUCACCAUGACAACGCUAGGGUAAGUAACAGGCUUUACUGCAUGAGGUGUUGAUGUUAGCUACUCGUAUAAUGUUUUGUUUACACCAGAAAAGCCACAAAAACAACACGAAUAAGAUCAAAGUCUACAUCCUAUCAAAAACUAAGCCAUCUAAUAUCAGAGAAGGUAUCCAACCAAACUAUUCACCAGGACCUGCCUUCGUUUUUACAAUGCCUUUACUAGUAUUCUCUUUCAAAAGCUGGUAAUCCAGCUUUUACGGCUUUCAAUUCCGCAGUACACGUACGUAGUACUAAAUUAAACAAAAUCUUGAAAACCCGCUCUAUGAGAAAAACGUGACUAGGGCAACCUUUUUCGAUCUUCUUGCAGGUAUGGAGACCGAACGCCAAAAUCCAAUAAGGCCAAGGUCUUCGCCAUAAUAUGGUUUUUAGUUGGCCUUGUCGUGUUUGGUCUCUUUUCCGCUGGUUUGGCAUCAGAUUUGACUGUGGUUGUUAAGGCUGGGGGAACACAGGGCUCAGGCACAAGUAAAGUCAUAAAAGUAAGUCAACACAUCUCAGAAAGAGUUCAUGAACUCGAAUUCUUAUUAAUAAGCUAUUUUAGCGUAGACCUUUCGAAAUUGCAUGGCUUAAUUUUCUUUUACCCUGUAGCCUUUUCUAGGCUCUCAGUUAGUAGGUUCUGCGCUAAAACGCAGGCUCAGUGUCUCCCUAGUACCCACACGUUUGUUGUAUUUACGUUUCCUUUUGCUCAGUUAAACUACUUUUAUAAGGUCUAGAACAGGCUAUUAAUUAAAGUAUUUUGUAUUAAUACAUACAGAUUGCCACACUAAAUGAUUCCGCUGAAAAGCAAGUGGCAGUAAGACAGCUGAUGAACAAAUUUGAGCUUAGUAAGUGCCCUUCUUUAAUUUAAGAAGUCAUUAUAGCUGUUCGAGAAUGCAUUUUGUUCGCACCUUUUAUCGUUUUAAUGGCGAAACCAGUUUGCUUCUUUUUUAAAAAAGUACAAAUUGGCGUACCCAUAAAGACGAUUGCGUUAUACACCGUGAAAUUUCCAAAACUUUUUACCAGUGCGUAUCCCAUGUGGCAGAACCUUUGCAAAUCAACUCGCGGCCCCGUGUAUUUCAAGUUGAAACUAGAAACCAAGCCAGUGACACCAGUACCCUUACACAUGAAUACAGACAUAUCUGACUGGCAAUUCCCCUGGCAGUGUCAGCCAUAUACAGUCAAGGACCCGUGAACAAACCUUACAGCAGGGAUCUGACUCCCAUUUCAUGCUGAUAAGCCCUAAUGAGUGUGAGACAGCUGUCCAUGGCUUUCACUCUCCCGGUAAUAUGGCUGUGUGCAUACGUAAGGUACUGACCAGGCCGUGGGUUGGUGUAUUUGUGCCCCUUGCUUUAAGUUUGUCUUACCCCUAGCUUAUUGAGCGACCCGUUAUCUACAUUCCGAAUUCCGAUUCAGUCAGUUUUAAAUAGUGCUGAUGGCAUGGAGAAAGUGAUCGCAGUAUCAGUGUUCAGUUCGUGGCCAGUAUUUGCAAUUUCUGGAGUCAUGACCAUCUUGGCUGGUUUGGUGAUUUGGGUUUUGGUAAGAAUAACUUUACAACUUCUACUGAUUCCUUAAAUUAAAUACAAAAUAACACAAUUUUGUGUAUUACGUGAGUAUUGAAUGAAGCUAACGUGAGUUCUGUAUGUUUAUCAUCAAAAUAAAUUUGAUCAGGAAAUGAGAAAUGAAAAUGAAUUAAAAAGAAAUCGAAUUUAGAUGAAGUGCUCAUUCAACAAAUGGUGUAGCCGAAUGCUUAUUAAUUAAAGACUAAGGUUACAGUAGUGGCCUUGAAUUUGAGUGUACAUUAAAAGGUCCAAGUACUUGUGAAAUCUCUUAAAUGCCUCAUUCUUCAUAUGAAUGCAAGGCAAAAUAUGAUUAAGCUUGAGAAAUAAAAUAACAAGCCUCAACCGAUUUCGAUGAAGAAGGAGGGAGCUGAAAGAAGCAUUCAGAACUGGUGCAUCAGAUAUCCGAUAUUUCCUGGUUAAAGAAAUCCAGUAUCGAUCAGAAGAGUAUCAUUAGUACUGAACCAGUACCACUGUUUCAUAAGGCCAGAAAGAGCAGAUACGUCCUGUCAUUGAUGAAAUGCACGCUUAUCGUUACCACUAAAACGUUACAAUCUUUGGGCUGCCUAAAUAUCUCUGAACAAGAGGGCUUGCCUAUCUCUAUCUUGUAUACUGUUUUCUUUUAAUUACAUAUUGUGGCCUGCCGGGGCUAGCCUUUUGAUUAACUGUGGGCGAAGAAAUUGCAUAUCCAAAUAACAGUAAUAAAAUUUGGUGAUCUUGUCUAACAGUAAAAAUUUUCUAUGAAGGAUGUAACCACCAAUCCAGAGGAAUUUCCUCCGAUAUUUUAUAAAGGUGCCGGAGAGGGUUUUUGGUGGGCAUUUAUCACCAUGACAACGCUAGGGUAAGUAAAAGGCUUUACCGCGUGAGGUGUUGAUGUUAGCUACUCGUAUAUGUUUUGUUUACACCGGAAAAACCACAAAAACGACAGGAAUAUGAACAAAGUCUACAUUCUAUCGAAAAUUAAGCCAUCUAAUAUUUCAGGAGAACGUGUCCAACCAAAAUAUUCACCAGGACGUGCCUUCGUUUUUACAAUGCCUUUACUGGUAUUCUCUUUCAGAAACCGGUAAUUAAUCCAGCUUUUACGGCUUUCAAUUCCGCAGUACACAUAGGUAGUACUAAAUUAAGCAAAAUCUUGAAAAUCCGCUCUAUGAGAAAAACGUGACUAGGGUAACCUUUUUCGAUCUUUUUGCAGGUAUGGAGACCGAACGCCAAAAUCCAAUAAGGCCAAGGUCUUCGCCAUAAUAUGGUUUUUAGUUGGCCUUGUCGUGUUUGGUCUCUUUUCCGCUGGUUUGGCAUCAGAUUUGACUGUGGUUGUUAAGGCUGGGGGAACACAGGGCUCAGGCACAAGUAAAGUCAUAAAAGUAAGUCAACACAUCUCAGAAAGAGUUCAUGAACUCGAAUUCUUAUUAAUAAGCUAUUUUAGCGUAGACCUUUCGAAAUUGCAUGGCUUAAUUUUCUUUUACCCUGUAGCCUUUUCUAGGCUCUCAGUUAGUAGGUUCUGCGCUAAAACGCAGGCUCAGUGUCUCCCUAGUACCCACACGUUUGUUGUAUUUACGUUUCCUUUUGCUCAGUUAAACUACUUUUAUAAGGUCUAGAACAGGCUAUUAAUUAAAGUAUUUUGUAUUAAUACAUACAGAUUGCCACACUAAAUGAUUCCGCUGAAAAGCAAGUGGCAGUAAGACAGCUGAUGAACAAAUUUGAGCUUAGUAAGUGCCCUUCUUUAAUUUAAGAAGUCAUUAUAGCUGUUCGAGAAUGCAUUUUGUUCGCACCUUUUAUCGUUUUAAUGGCGAAACCAGUUUGCUUCUUUUUUAAAAAAGUACAAAUUGGCGUACCCAUAAAGACGAUUGCGUUAUACACCGUGAAAUUUCCAAAACUUUUUACCAGUGCGUAUCCCAUGUGGCAGAACCUUUGCAAAUCAACUCGCGGCCCCGUGUAUUUCAAGUUGAAACUAGAAACCAAGCCAGUGACACCAGUACCCUUACACAUGAAUACAGACAUAUCUGACUGGCAAUUCCCCUGGCAGUGUCAGCCAUAUACAGUCAAGGACCCGUGAACAAACCUUACAGCAGGGAUCUGACUCCCAUUUCAUGCUGAUAAGCCCUAAUGAGUGUGAGACAGCUGUCCAUGGCUUUCACUCUCCCGGUAAUAUGGCUGUGUGCAUACGUAAGGUACUGACCAGGCCGUGGGUUGGUGUAUUUGUGCCCCUUGCUUUAAGUUUGUCUUACCCCUAGCUUAUUGAGCGACCCGUUAUCUACAUUCCGAAUUCCGAUUCAGUCAGUUUUAAAUAGUGCUGACUCAGAAAAGGAGUCCAACUUUUGGUCGAGCGUGAAAAUUACCGUUGGAAAACAGGUGUGUGUAAGUGGUUGUUAGGGGGAGCGGUCAUUGCACUAAGACAAUUCUUUAUUUGCAAGAUUCUUCAUUUUCGGUCAAGAAAGUUGCGCAAAAUAUAUUCUACCAAUCCAUCGCCUUGUGUGUAUUUUUGGGGACAUUGCCACCCCUUCCCCCCACUUCUAAUCACAGGAAAAUUAAAACGAAACGCUAGCUUUACGAGGAAAACAUGAAAAAAUAUAUUUAUUUUAUUUUUUUUUUUUUUUGUUUUGUUUUUUACGAAUCAUGACAAAGAAAAAAGCCAAACAGUUUAUGACGAUACUAGGAGACCACGAGGCAGCGCAUUUCGUAACACAGGUUCUUGCAGUGAUGCAAUUUUUUUACGAAAAUAAGGCACAUUUUGUUAAUAAAACAGCAACCUGGCAAUGAUUGGUCCAUGAGUUAUUUCUGCGAUCUUGGACGUCACGUCCGCUGUUCAGAGAAAUUAUCAAUUUAACUGUUGACACGUUUCGGAUUUUCAAGGGAUUUAUUGUUGGUGUUUAGAGUAUACAUGUGCUUAAUAAACAUUGGUAAUAUCUUGAUUAGGGGUGGACCAUAAAAGUUGGGGGAGGAGAAAAAAUCAUUCAACUUUUGGAAGUACCCCGUUAUUACAACACAUCUGUCAACACUCUGAAUCAGCGCUAAUAAAAACUAAACUUUUGUGCAAACUGAACGCGAAAAACAAAAUUAAAAUACAAAAAAUCGACCCUCGACAUAGUACCCUCGACCCACGACACCUCGACCAAAAGUCAGACUUGUUACAAUAAUAGACCUUCUUACCGAUACGGCGGCCAUAUUGAAUUAAUUCGACUUAAGGAGUAUUAUAGGAUGCCCAGGGGCAUGAGCACAUUUCGUUUGUAUUUUCGAGCGCUUUUCGGGACAUUUUAUCUUAAAGUUUUCUUAGAAUAAGAUUGUAAUGGGAAAAAAAAGAUCUUUGUCACGUGUUUGAAUGUAAUAAUGAUCGCCUUUUUCUAGAAAUAUGGUCUUUCACUGUAUAUUUCUCUGGAAAAAGGCAAUCAUUAUUUCAACUUGACACUUGGACUCUGGCCCCCCAGAAGACACGUGGUAUGGCGUGAUUCUGUGGGUGUUGGGUGUUCUAGGUCAGAGCUUAUGAGUGCGCGGAUAUUUAUCACCAGAGUUUUCUCUGGUUGUUACGCCAUACUGACGAGCCCCAAAGAGGGCGAAACAGCUGUCUAUGGCUACAAUCUCGCUCUGUUUUGAGUUGUUUCGGUGUCAUGUUGAUGUCUUGCAGAGUUAGUUUUCAGGUAGUACGAUCAGCAUUGCAGUAUUCUGCUUGCAGAAUUUAAUAUGUCUACUUUUCAUUUUUACUGAUCAGGUCUUUAUAGAUCCUACGUUCUUCGGCGUAUUCGUUUGCGGUCCUUUGCAGUCCUUUGUGGGUAAUGUUUGUACUUUAAUUCAAUAUGGCCGCCGUAUCGGUAAAAAGGUCUAUUAUAAUUCUUUUCUUGGCCAUAAUAGGGCACUUCCGAGUUCCAAAAACCCUCAAUUUCAAAAUGAGGCUAGGUGCACAACCUUUCUUGUGAAAAUGAGUUUUAUUUGCACGAGAAUGAAAAAUGAUUUCCAUAUGAAAGGCGGAGCACCAACCCUCGUUUUGAAACAGAGCGCUUUUCGGGACAUUUUUUCUUAAAGUUUUCUUAGAAUAAGAUUGUAAUGUGAAAAAAAAACCUUGUACCGUGUUUGGAUGUAGUAAUGAUCGCCUUUUGCUAGUUUAGUAUUAGAAAUAUGGUCUUUCACUGUAUGUUUCUCCGGAAAAAGGCGAUCAUUAUUACAUCCAAACACGGCACUAGGAUCUUUUUUCCCAUUACAAUCUUAUUCUAAAAAAACUUUAACAAAAAAUGUCCCGAAAAGCGCUCGAAAAUACAAACGAAAUGUGCUCAUGCCCCCUGGGCAUCCUAUAAUACUCCUUAAAUCAAAUUUAUUCAAUAUGGCCGCCGUAUCGGUAAAAAGGUCUAUUCCAGUGGGCAUAAAUAUGUUAUGCAAUCACCCAUGUUUUUGACAUUGCACUUUAAGUUGCAUAUUUAUAACAUAUCUUAAUGCAUAGAUUCCAAUAUACUUUAUUAGCAUUAGAUUUAUCAGGUAUACUACCCAGACUCCAGAGGUCCGUUUUCAAAAUACCUAGGAUAAAAUAAACCGUGCUAACGGUUUGAUAAAACUUUGCCGCAAAAAAAUAACCUCUGUAACCCAGGGUACAGGUCAGUACAAAUAUAUUUAUUCAAAAGAAUAGAAAGUGAACUAACAAUAUUGUCCCGAAUAGCGUCCAGUGGGUGCCACAUUUAAUGGGAGUUCUCAUUUAUUGGACAGGUGGAGAAUUUGGAACCCUAAAAGAGCUUGUUGAUGCAUUAAAAGAGGAAUCGACAGAUGCCAUUUUAAUAGAUAUGUAUACACCAGUAAGAAGGAAAGACCUUUUCAAUGGCUCAUGGUUUGAAAUCUCCGAAAUAGUAGACAAAGGAAUCUCGCACGGUAUUGCUCUUGGUGGAAUAUCAGAAACGUUAGCCAAAGACUUUCAGGAAAUGAUACGCGACAGAAAUGUCCAAACAAAAUUUCUUACCGAUGAUGACGAAAAUCAUCAGCAGGUAAUUAGGAAUUGUAAUAUGACUGGUAUUUAUUAUGUUCGGUAAGUAUGAAGUAAAACAAACCUAUUGGUUGAUUUUGCUACAUGUAUUACUUUUCAAUCAGUCAGUAAUUUUCUGGGAAAGCUUAGUACGAAACCAACGCAGCACCAUUGAUUACGAGUUUUGCCAACUUAACGAAAGAUUAGCCUUAUUUAGUGUUCAGUGUUGAAUAAAACGUUUAGUAACGACAGGAUUGUAUUAUAUUAUCCUACUUCUUUUUUAGGAAGAAGAAGAAGAGGAGGAAACUGGUUUGCUAUUUUUUGAGCCAGGGAGUCCAUAUUUUGUACUCACGCUUGAAAUCUGUGGAGGUCUACUUGGAGGCUUCCUCCUAUGCGGCUGCAUCUUUGAAGCUUAUCAGAGGAACAGAGGAGGCACUCAAAAAACAGGCAAGUAG